CUAAAGGACUUACUGUACUCUGUGGCAGCCAUUUCAUCUUCAUCGUGCAGACAUCGCUACUCCGCUCUCCAUAGCCCCCACCUUCGUGAUGUGUUUGCGUGUGUGUGUGUGUGUGUGUGUGUGUGUGCGCGCGGUCUGUAGAUGCAACUCGCGCUUCGGUCGAUCCAGCUCGCGGUUUCAACGCGGCCUGGUCGAUCCAGCUCGAGGCUUUCGAGGCGAGUACCCUCAAGCUUGAAGGUUGAAGCUGGACCCGCAGAUUAGGUCGCCCAAGUGGGACAGGCCCUUGACUCUACUUCAUGCUCGAGAGUAGUCCCCGUGUACUCGAGGGCUCAGCUAGCUGCGCCGUAUUUUUCAACAUGUUGAAGAACGCCCGCGAGUACAAAAAGGUCACCAUGGGAAAAAAAAGAUACUUUUUUUACUCGUAGGUUUAGUCGAAUUAGGUCGUAGUAGGUCGGCAUGUUAUUCGGUAGGUAAUCGUGGGUAGUCGAAGUUAAUCAAAGGUAGUCGUAGAUAGUCUUCUUCAUAGUCGAAGGGAGGUCGAAGGAGAUCGGAGGAGGUCGUCUUCACUCUCCACUAUUUGGAGUCCAAUUUUCCCAAAGCUAGUCGAAGCUAGUCUUCAACACAGUCGAAGGAGGUCUUCAACACAACAUUUUUUCAAACUCUUCUAAACUCGCGAAUUAGGUCGCCUCAGUGGGACAGCCCCUUAAGAGUUAUAAAAGAAGACCCGAAACCUCACCUACUCCUUCUCUCCGCAGAUGCUGCCUGCCCCGCUGAGUUACUCCAGCAUAUUGUGUCUUUCUUUGCAAUGUAGCCUGGGUUCCAGUAGCAUUCCCCGGUCACUGAAUCAACCUCACGCUGUCAAGAGCCCGCGAAAGCUGCUACGCCUCGGCCACCCAACAUUUUCUCUUUCACAAUCAUUUUUCUAGUCGAGCUUCUCCUGAAAUUUUCUUCAGAUCUCCGUCAGCCGCUUCGAGGGGGAUUUGCUGUGUAACGACUGGGUAGGCUUUGGGAAGCAGAGACCGCCUCUCCCCCUCCCCGCCUUCGCGCCGAGUAAAGGUCGCCCGGCGGCGGCGGCGGCAAGCGGCAAGCGGCAAGCGCCCGGCUCCCCGCAGCACCAGCAGCAGCACCAGCAGCAGCAGCAGCGCCCAGCCUGGUCGCCGUGAUGCUGGGGCACGGAGAGACUCAAUGCAAGGUUGGGAGGCGAUGUGUCGUGGCCGGCGUCUUCUUCAGCCUGUUGGUCGCGGCUUACAUCGGGCUGGUGGGAUACUUCGCCGGUUACAGGAGCUUCCUCCAAGCAGACAGGUGCUAUGAAUCAGCAAACGAGCCUUUCAGCCCAGGUGGAGAUCUGCUGGAAUAUUUGCUUCAAAGUGGAAUUAUUGAGAGGAAGGAUGGCCUACUGGUGACAUGGCACCAUGCUGCAAACAGCAAGCACCAGAUGGAAAAAGCUCUGAACAGUAGUGCCAUGGUCCUGGAAGCUGAUGUCAACAUUGAAGGACUCAACACUCGAAAUGAGACUGGCAUCCCUAUCAUGGCUCAUCCACCUGACAUCUACAGUGACAACACCUUUCAGGAGUGGCUGGACAUUGUAAUCAGUUCCAAAAGAGGUAUGAAAUUGGAUUUCAAAAGCAUUGAUGCAGUGAAUCCCUCUCUGGACAUCCUGAUGAAGAAGGCAAACGAGAUGUGCAUCAACAGACCAAUUUGGUUAAAUGCUGAUAUUCUCAUUGGCCCGAACGUUCCACAAUUCAUUCAGCCCGUGAAUGCCUCCAGGUUUCUGAGUCUUAUUCAGCAGAAGUUUCCAAAUGUCAUCCUCUCCCCUGGCUGGAUGACACUUUACUUACCACUGAUUGCAACCAAACCCUAUACUCGAAGGAUGGUGGAGGAGAUGUACGAUCUGGUCAAGGGUCUAUCGCAACGUGUUACAUUUCCAGUCAGAGCUGUGCUACUGAAGCAAGCCUGGCCACAUUUUAGUUGGCUGCUCAAGCAAUCACCGAGGUACAGUCUCACUCUGUGGCAGGGAUCAAUUGAUUUCAUCACUGUGGAAAAUCUCUUAUUCUUCAGAGACAACAGCAACAUUGAACAAAUCUAUUACGACAUUUAUGAACCAGUUUUGUCACAAUUCAAACAAAUUGCAUUGCAGACAAAUAGAAGCAGAAGGUUUUACCCUGGGGGGAACAUAUUGGACUACUUUCCCCAUGAACAUAUCCAAGAAUUAGAGAUCGAGUGGCUCAACAUUGGAGCCACGUUGUUGGACUUCUCAAAACUUCUGCAAGGAGACACUGGAGGGAUGCUCGUUUUGAACGUGAAGAGUAAAAGCAACGCUAUUCCAAUGGUGGAAAGUUCCAAACCCGGAUCAGAAUUCCCUUUGAAAUCUGUUCUAAAUCAGGUCUUCCUUUCAUCGAAACUGUGGGGCAUUUACCUAAAGAUAAAAACCAGACAGGCACUUACUCCAACCCUAUAUCUGCUCCGUCAACUUUAUAGAGCACAUGUUCUCCGCAUACCCAUAUGGAUCAGCAUGGAUCUCUCUUACGGCAACUUUAGCACCCCAGGCUAUAUUGAAGGAAAUCAAUUCAUCAAUACCAUCAAUAAAAUAUUUCCUUUUGUAACUAUCGCUCCAAGUUGGCCAGCUGAAGCACUUGUCGAUGGCUACACACAACCAUUAGUGGAAGACAUGCUGAGCCUCUGUCGGGGGUUGUGGCAAAUGGUGUCCUUCCAGCUUCAGGCUGUUCCUUUAUCUAAAUCAGCGCAGAUACCCGUCCGUCUGCUGCAGGCGUCUCCCAGCUACACUCUGACAGUGGAACACGUACACGCACAAGGCACAUACGGGGAUGGAUUUCCAGGGCUAAUCAAAAUUCGACUUCACAGUAGUCGGCGGAUUUAUUACCGAUUACCUCCAGAUUAUAAAAACAACUUCAUGAUUGAUAUUUUCACUUCAUAAAAAUGGUUUCCAACCCUCUGAAUUUAUCUUCACAUAUUCCUGCCUUUCAGGCAAAUCAUUUAUAAGCUCCAAAUCAGUAGCCCUUAGAGGGAUCCACAGAAUUUGUUGGUUCAUUUGUUGCCCAGUUGUAAGGUGCAUCAUCUUAAUUUUUCAUUAGAUGAAUCAGUAUUUAAGCUUUUGUUACCAAAGGUAAUUUUCUGAAUAUUGAUUGUAAAAGCUUGUUGAAUAAGCUGCUGAGCACAAAAGGUUAAUGUGCAUUUUAGUGAAUUAUUAUCCAGCAAGGUAUAAUUCCAUUGAAAAUUUGUUCUUCACUGGAGAAACCUAGAUGAUCUUUGGUUAUAAUGCCUUUGCAGGAUAACAAGUGUAACAAGGAACACUGUGUCAUGAAUUCUAGUUUGCAAUGUAGUCACCUUUUGAUGUGCAGGAAUGAACUAUUUCACUGCUCUCUCCAAGAAUUCAAACACGAUAUAUAUUGUAUGGGACAUGCCCCAAAACUCCAUCUGGGCAAUGGGUGAACACUCCAACUCGUCUAUCCUGUCGCUAACAUAUUAGAGAAUACCAAUUCAGGGCGGUACGGUGGUGCAGCGUUAGAGUUGCUACCUUACAGCGCUUUCAGCGCCAGAGACCCUGAUUCGAAUCCGACUACUGGUGCUCUGUGUACGGAGCUUGCAUGUUCUCCCGUAGGUUUUCUCUGAGAUCUUCAGUUUCCUCCCACACACCGAAGACAUGCAGGUUUGUAGGUUAAUUGGCUUUCUAUUAAUAUAAAUUGUCCCUAGUGUGUGCAGGAUAGCGUUAGUGUGCGGGGAUCGCUGGUGGGUCGAAAGGGUCUGUUUCCGCUCUGUGUCUCUAAACUAAACUAAAUUCAUACAUCUAUCGUAAAAAUACUUUUAACUUUAUUCACGCACACAGGACCUCCCUAGUUCUUAGCAUCACAUUAAGACAGGAGGCCUGGAUAGCACUGAACAUAACUAAUUUACACAUAGAAGAGCAGUUAAAGCACCUCGUACUAUCUAAAUCACACUCUGUAAUUUACAUUCUUCACAGAGAAUCUGCGGAUAAGCAAUCCUGCUGAUCACAUUGCUGUGUUUAAAAUCUCAUGACAGGAAAAGAGCAACUCUCGGCACAGAUAGACUUUUUUCUGGACAGGAAUUAGGAAUACUUGCGUAAUUAACAGUUGAUCACCAGACCAGUAUUGCAGCAGAAAGCAGGUAGAAAAUAAUACUUUGAAAGCAGGUAGAAAAUAAACUAUAGACAAUAGGUGCAGGAGUAGGUCAUUCGGCCCUUCGAGCCAGCACCAUCAUCCAAUGUGAUCAUGGCUGAUCAUCCCCAAUCAGUACCCCGUUCCUGCCUUCUCCCCAUAUCCCCUGACUCCGCUAUCUUUAAGAGCCCUAUCUAACUCUCUCUUGAAAGUAUCCAGAGAACCGGCCUCCACCGCCCUCUGAGGCAUAGAAUUCCACAGACUCACAACUCUCUGUGUGAAAAAGUAUUUCCUCAUCUACGUUCUAAAUGGCUUACCCCUUAUUCUUAAACUGUGGCCCCUGGUUCUGGACUCCCCCAACAUCGGGAACGUUUCCUGCCUCUAGCGUGUCCAAACCCUUAUAAUCUUAUA